CUUAAGCUCGGACGAAUGGUGGAUCAGUUGCUCGUAGUAUUUCGAACGUAUCAGUUAGUCCAGCUGAGUUGGGUUCGAGGUUUUAGUUUGGAUCGAGUAGUGAGUUGAGUGCGGCGGAAUCUUGGGUUUCCAGUUUUCAUGGCGCGUUAAAUUCAAAUAUUCAAGUUGAGGAGUUUGUUUUCUUUUAAUUCCGAACGAUCAAAACCAGUGACUUGGGGUAGAGCUCGCUUGGGCAACGCUGAAACACUUGCUCGAUUACGUAAAUGCCGUUUUAGUUCCCAUUCAAGAAAUAAUAGAAACGUGAAAGAAACAGCGCACGGACAAGAGACCGCAGUAACAAUAACGUAAACUACACAGCGCAGGCUCUCUGGGUGGACUACCGCAGUGGGAAGAAGAUUCACUUUCAUUACUGAUGUAAUACAUUUUCCGUUUUAUUCGUAAGGCGGUUAGUGCAGUGAAACGGUUGGCGCGAUCUUUUCUUACCUCCGAAGCUACUUAGCCGCAUUAGCAGCCAACACAGCGAAAAGAUUAAUUUCGAUUUAGUCAAUUAGUAGAGUCUUUUCCCAUGAUUUGUUGAAUGCUUGAAUGACUAUUUAACGAGCUACGGAUUCUUCCGAAAGGUGGUUAAUUAAAUCCGGGUACGGGUUAGACUGGAGUGACUGGUGUGUGCGCGGUUUGCCAACACUUGAAAUACCACACGAGUGCCGUGCGAAAACGGAACCAAAUGUGUCGUCCAGUGAUCUUCUGAAAUAAAGGGUUAAAGUAAUUAUCGAUCGCUGGCAACAUGGGUUUUCCUGGAACCUACUUAUUAUGCUGCAUAUAUCUCUUAGGACUAGUAUAUUAUGUACAACCUGAUGCUACACCUUCAGACUUGAGAGCAGCUGCUAAAGCUGCACUAUUGCGAGAAAAAGAGAAUAAUCUUCAACCAUGUAAUGAAACGACCACUUCACUGCCAGUUUGCCCACCAAGUAAAUUCAGAUCAGCUACAGGCGAAUGUAAUAAUAUCCUGCAUAGAAGUUGGGGAUCGCGAGGAGAUGUAUUCCUUCGUCUACUGGAAGCAAAUUAUGCAAAUGGAUUCAAUCAACCCCGUUCGUCGGUUGGAUCUCACGCCCUUCCUGAUGGAGAAGAUAUUAUUAACUUGUUGCAAAAACACACAAAUUCAAAAGCAGUUCAUCCCCACAUUACAGCUAUGUUGCCUGCCUGGGGUCAACUCUUAGCUUAUGAUUUAGUUGAAAUUACACAGACAGCCACACAGGCACGAUGCUGCAACCAGAAAGAGAAUCCCACAAUGACUCCCGAUGAGAUGAUUCAGUGCUAUGUCCGUUUGGGUGAGGGAUGCCGUGAAUAUAAAAGAUCUGCACCUUCGCUAGAUCCCGACAAUUGCCACUUGACUCGACGAGAUCAAAUGAAUGUUGCUUCAGGAUACAUUGAUGGAUCUGGUCUAUAUGGUGCUACAGAAAAGGAGUUCCAAGGACUUCGAACAUUUUUGAAUGGAAAAGUUGAUAUCAAAUCCUGUCCUAGAUGCAACCAACCUGGUGCUGUUGGAGCCUUACAUACUGCCCUUCUUCAAGAACAUAACCGAAUCACUGAUGUACUUCUUGGACUCAAUCCAUCAUGGAAUGAUGCCACCCUAUUCUUUGAAGCACGUCGUAUUGUCACAAACCAAAUUCAGCACAUCACAUACAACGAGUUCCUACCCAUCCUUCUUGGACAAGAAAUUACAAAUCGCGAUGGGCUGAGAUUACUUUCGGGUAAGCACUUCUCAGGUUAUUCAAGCAUAAACCGAGCGGGAGUUUUCAAUGAAUUCGCAGUAGGAGCGAUGCCAGCAUUCCUAACAAUUUUACCAGAGGAAAUGCUUAAUGAAAAAUCAUCAGCAGCUUCACUAAUCGAAGUACCAGCUUUAAUGAAAUCAUUCGUGCCACCCAACUUUGAGCGGACAGAAUGGAGUCCUAUCGCUUUAGCUAUACAAAGAGGCCGUGACCAUGGUAUACCCUCGUACCGACAUGCCUUGCACCUAUGUGACCCCCGAUUCAGUGUUAACAACAGCGAACCACUCACCUUCGAAGCGUUCAAGAGAAUUUCAAAUCUUGGAGAUGAGCCAAUCGCUCUCUUGCAGAAACUUUUUCAAGACCCAGAGGAUGUAGACUUGAUCGUUGGCGCUCUCUUGGAAAAUGCUGCCCCUGGUACUGUUUUUGGUCCAACUAUAUCUUGCAUAAUGGCUCUGCAAUUCACUCACGUGCGUACCAGUGAUCGAUUCUGGUAUGAAAACGAUAUUCCACCAUCUUCCCUGUCAAUUGAACAACUUCAAAGCAUCCGGAAAACAUCCCUCUCGGGACUACUCUGUUCAUCGUCAGGAGUAUCAAGGUCGCAACCAAAAGCUUUCUUCCGUGAAGAUAUAUUCUUGAAUGCUGGUUUACCUUGUGAACAAUUGCCCGGAAUCGAUUUAACUCCAUGGAAAGUAGAAACUUUGGAACAAAUUGAAGUUGAAAACUACAUGAGUGAACCAACCAAAAGGCCAGAAGAGUUGGAAGAAUUGAAUGACGAACUUAUCAAAGCAGCUGUUGAAAAGGCCAAGGAAGAUUUGAUUGCACGCCGCAAGUUCGAAUACGAAGCAUGGCUUCAACAGGGUGGAAUUGACGCCAGAUCACCAGACGGAACUGCAGCAUCUUUUAGCAAAGCCAACCGCAAUGCAUUACUCUUGGCCAAUUCGUCUCUAAUCUACGAACUGGCUUCCAAUGAAAUCCUCAACACACUGCACAGAAUCAAUCGCAAGAAGCGACAAACUUUUGACAACAGCAUAAGCGUAUUCAAUCGUGAUGAUCUCUCUGAAACACUACAAACAAUCGACAUAAAUUCUUUCAUUUCCGGAUCGAUUUCGCCACUGACCUUAGAGCCUCAAUGUGAAGAUUUCUCAAUUGCUUGUGAUCCAAGCGGGCCAUUCCGAUCUAUGUCAGGACAUUGUAACAACUUGAGGAAUCCAACUCUCGGACAAUCUCUAACAACAUUCAACCGCCUGUUACCCGCCGUGUACGAGGACGGUAUUUCGAGGCCAAGGAUAUCUAGUGUUACAGGAGCACCCUUACCCAACCCACGUGUGAUCUCUACACUUGUGCAUCCAGAUAUUUCAAAUUUACACACACGAUAUUCCUUAAUGGUCAUGCAGUAUGCUCAGUUCUUAGACCAUGAUCUUACCAUGACUCCAAUCCAUAAAGGAUUUCAUGAAUCGAUUCCAAGCUGCCGCAAAUGUGAUUCACCCAGAACGGUUCACCCAGAAUGCAAUCCAUUCCCAGUACCUCCAGGUGAUCAUUUCUAUCCAGAAAUCAAUGUAACCAGUGGAGAAAGACUGUGCUUCCCAUUCAUGAGAUCUCUGCCUGGGCAACAAAAUUUAGGCCCUCGUGAUCAAAUCAACCAAAAUACUGCAUUCCUUGACGCAUCCCAAAUUUAUGGAGAAAAUAAUUGCGUCGCCAACAAGCUUCGUGGCUUCUCAGGACGUUUGAAUUCCACCAUUCAUCCAAUAAAGGGCAAGGAAUUACUCCCACAAACCAAUAGCCAUCCUGAAUGCAAAUCUCCAAGUGGACUUUGCUUCGAAGCCGGAGAUGGUAGAGCUUCUGAGCAACCUGGUCUUACAUCAAUCCAUAAUACAUUUUUACGAGAGCACAACAGAAUUGUAGAAGGACUUCGUGGUGUGAACCCACAUUGGAACGGUGAUCAACUCUUCCAACACGCAAGGCGAAUCAUAAUUGCACAGACUCAACACAUCACAUACAACGAGUUCCUGCCGCGUCUUCUCAGUUGGAAUGCUGUCAACCUUUACGGACUAAAACUCUUACCUCAAGGCUACUAUAAGGACUAUGAUCCAACAUGCAAUCCAUCGAUCUUUACGGAAUUCGCUUCAGCAUGCUUCCGUAUUGGUCACUCAUUGCUACGACCACACAUUCCACGAUUAAGUCCCAACCAUCAACCUGUUGAUCCUCCACUAUUGCUUCGUGAUGGUUUCUUCAAAAUGGACCAACUCUUACAACCAGGAAUUAUGGAUGAAAUCAGCCGUGGUCUUGUUGCUACUCCCAUGGAAUCCCUUGAUCAGUUCAUAACGGGCGAAGUAACUAAUCACCUGUUCGAGGACACUCGCAUUCCUUUUUCGGGAAUUGAUUUGGUUGCCCUCAAUGUUCAACGAGCUCGCGAUCACGGUAUUCCGAGCUACAACAACUAUCGAGCCCUCUGUAACUUAAAACGGGCUCAUACUUGGGACGAUUUGAGCCGCGAAAUUCCACCAGAAGUAAUUACUCGUUUCAAAAAGAUUUACGCAACUGUAGAUGAUAUCGAUCUUUUCCCUGGUGCCAUGUCUGAACGGCCAUUGCAAGGUGGUCUGGUGGGUCCUACAUUGGCAUGUGUAAUAGGCAUUCAGUUCCGUCAACUACGCAAAUGCGAUCGUUUCUGGUACGAAACCGAAAAUCCCGAUUUGAGGUUCACAGAAGCUCAACUUGCUGAACUACGUAAGACCACAUUGGCAAAGAUCAUUUGCGAAAAUUUGGAAAUUCCAGGAGACAUGCAGCGUGCUGCCUUUGAUUUGCCCAGCAACUUCCUCAAUCCUCGCGUACCUUGCCAAUCCAUGCCACAAAUUGAUUUGAGUGCAUGGCGUGAAAAUAUCCAAGGAUGCCAAAUUGGCAAUCGACAAGUGAGAAUUGGCGACUCUGCGUUCCCAUCUCCAUGCACAAGCUGCGUAUGCACAGUUGAAGGACCCCAAUGCGCCUCCCUCCGCAUUACUAAUUGCGCCCAGUUAGCGCGUGAAUGGCCCCGCGAUGCUAUCCUCCGCGACGACGUAUGUAGCGCCCAAUGCGGAUCCGUUCUACAGAACGGUAAUGGUGCAGGAUUCUCAAAUAUUGCCGGUCUCAACCCACCCCCAUCGAGAGUGUCGAGAUCACGUCCACAAAACACUUUAGGUUUCAAAUUGCCCGAUCUUACACCAUUCAUUGCAUCUCUAUAAACAGCAGAAAGUCAGAUGUUAUCUCCACAUUUUUCAACAUGUUCAAUCCUUAUUUUCACAAAACAUAAAAAGAGCACAUAAACCGACUACACUUUAUACAAAUAUUGACGGAAGGAAAGAGCCAUAUUUUAGGAUGCGUUAGGUCGCCAAAAAUAACGUUCCAUUAAACCUAUAAAAGUAUAUUUCUUUGUAAAAUAUAUCUGUAUAUAUGAUAAGGAAAAAUAUUUAGAGAGAUUCGAGAGGGAGCCAGUACCUUAAGAAAAAAAGGUUAAAUAUUAAAAAUUGUAAAAAGUGAUGAUGUAAAAAGGUUAGCGCCUGUUACCGACAUCUUAGAAAAUAGUUUCCCAUCAUAUUUAAUGUAUGUAUGUAAAUUUUAAUUUUAAAUAAAUUAUUAUUAUUAUA